AUGUGGAAGCGAAAAUCACCUGUGAAGAAAAAGUCUGCUGAAGAAGGGGAAGAGGAACUAGCUGAGAGAAGUAAAGAAAAGCAUGGCUGGAUUCUUCGUGCCAAGUCGAAUUGUCGAUUCUUUCUUGAAUCAACUUCCAUCAGAGGUUGUAGUCGUAUUGUUCGCUCAGAAAACCGUACCAUCAGAUGGAUGUGGGCAAUUUAUCUAUGUCUUACCACCCUUUUUCUCCACGGAUCUAUAUUAAAAUUAGUUACGGAAUAUAUGAAUUAUGCGGUAAAUAUUCAGACUUAUAUUGAUAUGGAUGCUCCAAUGGAUUUCCCCUCCGUCACAUUCUGUAAUCAUCAACCAUUUUCUAAUCGAGCAUAUGAACUCUGGAAAGAUGGAAGCGUCAUUUCUCCGACCCGGUUCAAUCAACUUGUGCGGCAUCGAGCCGCCGAACUCUUCUCCCGAUCAAUAGAAAUUCCUCACUACGAUAACGGUACCGUCCGGAUAUUGAAUAAAGCCAUGAUGUUUGAGUCUCUACGGCAGGGUAUUGUCUAUGAUAGCCUCCCUUUGUAUUAUCAAAGCGUUCAAUGGCCAAGACAAUUAGAGCUGGGACACAAUAGGAAGGAUCUGAUAGCUCUUUGUCUACUUCAGUAUGGAAACCAAUACGCUGUCACAGGACCUGGGUGUGAAGAUGCAGUUCUACGAGUUAAAAGACUUUCUAAUCCAAAAUUCUUCAAUUGUUAUAGUGUUGAGGUUAUUAAGGAAUUCUCAAAAAGUAUCAAAGAACUAGGCCUGAUUCUUUGGCUGGGUCCAGACGAAAAUCACGGCAAUGAAGAUCGUCAGGCAUUUCUCUUCGACCUUUUUGAACAAGCUUAUGGAAUUAAAGUAUCCAUACAUGAGCCCGGUGGAAUGGCUAAUCUUGAUAAACACAGCUUUCAAGUUGCACCUGGGAGAAUGAAUGAACUGACGUUCCAGACGGUCAAAGUCCUUCAUUAUGAUCGACCCCCUAAACCAUGUGCGCCUAAUCCCACACAGACUUACACCGACUUGAAUGAGCAAUAUAAUUAUGACUUUGAAUUAUGUCUGAACAGCCAUGUUCAAGAACGAAUUGUUGAGGAAUGUGGAUGUCUCUAUGCCUACUAUCCUCGAAUAUAUGAGCCCAAUAAAACCCUUCCUUAUUGUGGAGGGCUUAUAGACGAUGGUAUGGGAUUGUUGGAUAUAAAGGCGGUCGAGAAAAAUGAACACUGUGCAGAAAACAUUGUGAAAAACGCUGCCGCGUAUAGGAAGGCCAUUGAAGAUAGUGAAAUAUGUAAAAGAAGAUGUGAAACUGUUGAAUAUGAAAGCCAAGUGUCGGUCACAAAGUGGCGAGCUACCCCAUGGCAACUUUACUGGAGUCUGAAAACAUCAAGCCUAUUUGAUUCUGUUGCGAAUGGAAGCUUGAGUCCGCGAGAUGCAAGACUUAUUGAACACUUUCUCAGGACGCCAAAUUUAGCUGACAUUGAGAAUUCCACCAGCUCAAUCGUUUUUGACGAACGGUAUACGUAUCUCCUUGUUCGACGAAAGUCGAAUGACACUAUAAUUAAGGAAGAAAACUUAGUGCUAACUGUAAACGCUUUGUUUAGUCGGAUAGGUGGUCUUUGUUCCCUUUACAUUGGAUUAACUCUUGCUGUUUUCAUGGAAGUUGUGGAAUUUAUCUAUAUUUCCUGGGUACGGGCGAUGUCUGCAAGGAAGAAGAGCUCAGGUGAGUUGGCUGAGCGGAACGAGCACAAUUCACAACAGAGCCCAGCAGAAGACAAUCAUAUUGAAGCGACCUUGUUAGACAACAAUAACAGUAGACAAAAACCUAAUGAUCAGGUGGAAUGCUCUAGUGCUCUUUAA